AUGGAGCCCCCCCGAGCGCCUCCCACCCCCUCCGAGCUGGAAUUUGGGGGGCCCUGGGGCGCAGGGGCUCUGACGCUGCUGCUGCCCCUGGGGCUCGUGGGGGUCGUGAGCGCCAGCGUGGGGGAGGGGGAGGGGGGCUGGGGGACCCCCGCCCUGGCCUUCCCCACCCCCCCCGCACUCGCACUCGUCCUCGCCUGGGUGGGCGCGCACGGGCUGGGGAGCUGCUGGAGACCCCCGAGGAGCCCCGGUGACACCCCAGGACCCCUCCGAGACCUCGGCUGGCUGCUGGCGCUGGGGGGGGGCCCUGGCGGCGCUCUGGCCCUGGGGGUCCCCCUGCCCCCCCUGUGCCCCCUCCUCCCCCCGCUGGCCGCGGCCGCCUCCAGCGUCGCCUUCGGCCUCGGGCUCCUCCUCCUCGCUCGGCGGCGACUGCGGGGGGGGGGCACCGGACACCCCGUGUACGAAUUCUUCGUGGGGGGAGAAGCGGGGUCCCCCCUGGAGACCCCCGAGAAUCUGCACUGGGAGCGGGUUGGGCUCUGCGCCUGGCUGCUGGUGCUGGCGGCGGCCCUGGGGGAGCAGCAGCGCCUUUGGGGGUCCCCCUCGCUGCCCCUGGCGCUCGUGGCGGCUGCUCAGGGGGUCCCGGUGCUGCGGCGCCUCAGGGAGCUGAGCGGGAGUUCUGCCCGCGGCCCCAGCGGGUUCCUGGGACUCUUCGGGGCUCUUGCCUGGGGUCCUUUUGGGGGUCCCCUCCCAGCGUUGCUGCUGCUGCGGAGACCCCAGCAGGGGCUGGGGGGUGCCGGGGGGGCCGCCUGUGGGGGGCUCUACGUCCUGGGCUUGUGGAUCUUCCACGGUGCCACCACGCAGAGGAGCCUCUUCAGCCGCAACCCCCGAGACCCCCGAGUGGCGGGUCUCCCCACGGUCCCCACGGCCACGGGGCAGGUGCUGCUGGCUGGGGGCUGGUGGGGGCUCGUGCGACGCCCCGAUGACCUCGGGGAGCUGCUGAUGGCCUUGGGCUGGACCCUUCCCUGCGGGCUGUCCCCACCCCUGCUGCUGCUCCUGGCGGGGGCGGCACUCCGGGAGCUCCGGGCACUUGUGGGGGAGCGGCGGCAGCGGCGCCGCUUUGGGGGGGCCUGGGGGGGCCUGUGCCAGCGUGUCCCCCACCGCCUGCUGCCCCUGGUCUACUGAGGGCUCCUCCGAGACCCCCCCUGCGACCCCCUGGGGAUUCCCCACAUUGCCUGUGGAACCCCCAAGACCCCCCAUCUACUGAGGCACCUUUGGGACCCCCCCCAACUCCUGUCCCCCACCAUUUACUGACACUGCUGGGACCUCUCCAAUCAACUGAGGGACCCCCUGGGACUCCCCACACCUGCUGAGAGUGGGGACCCCUCUUGGGACCCCCCCCAGGUCACAGGGGGUUGGUUCCACAGCCCCAUCACUGUGAAUCACUUGUAAUAAAGUCUUGGGGUCUCCCCUUCCUUUGUGGCUCUGUAAA